GGUAAAAGCUGCUUAAAGCUCUGCUAACGUCAUCCAUCCUCUCCCCAUCACGGUUAGUGCUUUCCCUUCUAAAUGGCUGCAGCCUCAGCGACUUCCAUAACUUCCAAUCUAUCCCUGUUCCGCUCCCUCCUCUCGGAGUGGUCGGCAAAGCAGCCCAAGGUGAAGGGCCUUGCCACUACUCCUGAGGAGAUCAGUGCUAGUUUCGAUCGGCGCUUGCAAGACAAGGCUAGCGGGAUUCAUGAUACGGGGAAAGAUGUUGUGGUCGCUUUCAGAACGAGGCCUCCGUUAGAAAACGAGGCAGCCGAGAAGUUCAAGGGAAACCAGGAAGAGGGGGACUUGAACGUUCCUGCGGAAGUCACAUUUUGUGAAGGAAUAACUCUUGCAAGUGCUGAGCCGGGAGUUUUCAUUGCUCACGUCCCCAGCGUCAAGUGGAAUGGACCUACGCUGCAACAUAAAGCGUUUGAUGCGGACCUGGCAUUCGGACCUCAUAUAGACAACGAAGAGGUAUACAAGCGGACAGUGGUCGCCAAUGACCUUAUACCACUGGCGCUUUCUGGAGGUAUAUCAUGCAUCCUCGCCUAUGGCCAGACAGGAUCUGGUAAGACGUUCACGAUGGAAGGACUCGAGCACCGUAUCGCUCGCGACUUGUUCCGUGUGGCGGAGGUCAUGGGCAAGCGAUUUGCGGAAGCCGAAGGCGCAGAAGACCAAGACAUCUUCGAGUUCGGCGUGACCUUCCUAGAGCUGCUCGGUAAACACGCAUCGGAUCUGGUCGAACAGCCUGAGGGAGUGGACGCGAAGGGUGAGCCUAUUCGGAAAGAAGUGCCCAUUCAGGAAGACAAGGCUGGCGACGUCCGUCCACGCCUCAUAUCUACCACAGUCAAGUCCUCCGCAGAACUGGAAGAUUUGAUCAACCGCUCGUUGGCCCAUCGACGCACGAGCGCCACAGCUAGGAACGCAACAAGCAGUCGCAGUCACGCAGUCUUGACCAUCCGAGUCAAGAACAAACUGCUCCCAUAUGCCGAGGAGGGCCAGCUGAUACUCGUCGACCUGGCCGGGAGCGAGCGGUACGAGGAUUCGAAAGCACACGACAAGCAGCGGAUGGACGAGUCCCGAGAGAACAACAAGAGUCUGAUGAACCUCAAGGAAUGCGUGCGUGCCAAGGCGAAGAUGGCCGCUGAGGAAGGCUUCGUCCACAUACCCUGGCGGAUGAACAAGCUGACCAUGCUCCUAAAGCCUAUCUUCGACAUCGAAUCCCGUCAGCAGUCCAAGGCAAUCAUCAUCGCCCACGUAUCUCCACAUAUCCAGGACUCCGUGCACAGCGUGAAUACGCUCUCUUACGCGUCUCCUUUCAAGACCGCUCCGCCCAAACCACGGGGCCCUGCGCCAUACGAUCCCCAGGACCCCCGCACGUGGAACCAUGAACAGACAGUCUCCUGGCUUAAAGAGGAGUUCAUCAAACGCGCUAAGCAACGGAAGCAGAGCGAGUGGAACAUGCAAGCCAAGAAAGCCGCGAAGGAGGGGAAGAAACUGAAACCCCUUGACCCGAACUUACCUGUGAACACCAUCAUCGACGUAGAUAAGCUCUGUCCGGGGGAGAUGACCGCGAUGAAUUAUGCGAAGAUGUACGUGGCAGAGUUCGUUGAGCGGUGCUUGCAAGCGGCACGCAAGGAGGGGGACCCGCCGCUCAGCCAGUCCUACGCCACAGUCGUGAAGGGAAUCUCUGCGGAAGUGGCCGGCCAGCUCUACUAUUUAGUCCUGACUGCCAAGACGCGGAAACGCACCGCGAUCAUGAAGAGCAGGAAGACACUCGAAGUCAAGGAUACGUACGACGAAGAAAUUCAGAUGGCACAGCUAGCGUACCGGGAGAAGUGGAACCAUGCGAUGUGGGAUGCAACGAAGAAAGCCCAGGAGCAAGGCGGCGAUGUCGCGGAAGCUGUCGCCAAGAUGGCGGACGUCCUGAUGGAGGAGUGGAAGGCCAACGGAGGUCGUGUCGUCGAGAAGUUCUCGGACGAAGAGAUACAAGAGGCGAAGGCGGAAAUCGGCGCAAAGAAGUGGGACGAGACCAUCGAGACGGAGCUACAGCGUGCCGAGAAUUAUCACGUUCAAGAUACUGAGUGGGCGAGAAAUACCGCCAUUAAACGCAUGGUUGACGCUUUCCGGGAGAGGAAGAAGACAAUCCAACAGGGCAGCAGUACGAGAGACUCGCCUGCGUAG